AUGCAGCUGGUCGGUUCCAAGUCCGCCCAGCGGCUGGACUCGUCCGUUGGCGAUGCCAGCCAAAGCGUAACGCUCUUGCCGAUCGAGCCUGAAGACAUGUGGCACGCCAACAACCUGAUAUCCCCGGAAGACACCAUCAAGGCGCACGCUGUCCGCAAAGUCACGACCGAGUCCAGCACCGGGAGCACGCAGUCGCAUCGAGUCCACACCGACCUCACCAUACGAGUCACAUCCACCUUCUUCGACACGGGCGCCUCCCAGCUGCACGUCUCAGGGACGGUGAUCUCAGAGAACAGCUUUGUCAACAUUGGGCAAUACCACACAUUGGAUCUGGAGUUGAACCGACCAUUCACCAUAUGGAAGCAGUACGGCUGGGACUCGGUAGCCCAGGAGACCCUGCAGGAGGCGCUCAAGCAGGACAAGGAGGGGGCUGUCGCUGCAGUUGUUAUGCAGGAGGGGUUUGCAAACAUUUGUCUGAUUACCGAAUACCGGACGAUUCUGAAGCAGCGAGUCGAGAGUACGAUACCAAAGAAGCGGGCCGCCAGCUCCGAUCAGAGCAGUGGCAUGAAGCGCUUCUUCGACAAGACUCUGGGCACUCUGAUGCGGAGUAUCGACUUUUCCAAGCCACGCCCACUACUUCUGGCGAGCCCUGGCUUCGUCGCUGGAGAUUUCAAGAGGUUCAUCAGCGAGGAGGGUACUCGCAAAGGGGACAAGGCCAUGGUCGCGAUGGCCAAGUAUGCCACUGUCGUGCAUUCCAGCUCGGGCCAUCUGCACAGCUUGAACGAGAUCCUCAAGAGUCAAGAGGUCUUGGCCACCAUGAAGGACAUGAAGUUCUCCAAAGAAACCAGGGCUAUGGAUGAGCUAUUCGACCGCUUACGAAAGGAUGAUGGGCGCGCCUGGUACGGCACGUCAACGGUGGAGAAGGCAGUCACUGAGGGUGCUGUUGGGCGCGGUGGCGGUGUUCUCCUCAUCAACAACUCCUUGUUCCGCAGCCUGGAUAUCGCAACCCGCAAACGGUAUGUGGCUAUGGUUGACAAGGUCCGAGAGGACGGUGGGGAUGCUCGGAUACUGAGCAGCGAUCAUGAGAGUGGUCAGCGGUUGGACGCUCUGGGAGGCAUCGCUGCGAUAUUGACGUACCCCAUCCAUGAUCUCGACGAGGACGAUACAGGAGAGGAAUCACAGGAAAAUGAAACACGAGACAUGAUCAUAUAA